AUGACGCCCGUUGGCCGGAAGACGACGGCCGCAUCUGCAUCCUUUGCUGUUCGGCGACGGCCCACUGAUAGGACAACCUGUAGGGUAAGACGUUCUCGACACCUGAUCCACACGAUGGCCAAGUUCGCCGUCAAGAACACUUACCCACCUACCUGCCCUGAGGCGGCACGCGGCCAGACAAUGGCAACUUCAGUCUUGAUCGGCAGUGUUCAAGGUUCAGGAAGCAUUGGCUGGCGCUUUGAGCCAUCGACAACCUUCUGCCAACCUUCUGCCUACUCUUGGACGGGCAUUGACGUCGAAAUUGCCCUACGCUGGCUCCUCAUGUGA